ACAUUUGGAUUUGGAACCUUUGACUAUAUAUACAUGGACUACUAUCUUCAUUGUUGCCGAUGAAGCCGAAGUAAUAGAGGUACUAGAUCGGGAGCAUCGGGAAUUUUCAUGCGCGCGCAGGAAUCCCACCCACCCUCGCACCUUCCAAUCACGGUGAACCACGGAGCGACGAACACCCUCCUACGUUCCAACAACCGCUACGCUCGUUGCAACGAAAUCUCGCGCAUGCUCAGAGCCCAUGUCCCGAUCUAGUACCUCUAUUGCUUUGGCUUCACGAUUCCCAUUCAACAACAAUAGGAGAUAGCAGUCCAUGUAUAUAUAGUCAAAGUUUGGAACGUAGAAUGCGAACGGAUAACACGUGGCGCUGGCGUUGUGAUAAACAGUAUUUCUUAUCAGUUGAACUGAGUUGCUUGCUAAGAUUGCUACUAUUGCUAUUGCUACAGUACAGUUUUACUGAAGCCUUACGAAACCGUAGUGAUCUAGAAAUGUGUAUUUUGUUAACUUGUGUUUCUUUAACUAUUCACUAAUUUACUAAGCUACCUUAUCGAUCAUUUUCACCCUUGUGGAUCGAGGAUAAUAAUCAGAUUUAAAAUGUCACCUUCCAAGUCAACCUUAUCACCGAGAAAAACCCAGCUAUGGGAUAAGAGCAACAUGAUACUAGCCGUUAAAGCGGUCAUGGAGGAAGAUUGGACAUUCAACAACGCUUCGAGUAAAUACUGCAUACCUCGAACCACACUUCACGAAAGAAUUACAAAAUUAAGAUCAGGCCAUGAAGUUGAUUUAGGCUAUACUACCCCUGGGCGCAAACCAGCAUUGUCUGAACAAGAUGAAAACACGAUAGUCGAAUACGCGAUGGUAGAAAUGCAAGGCCUUUUUAAUAUUCCAAAAUUGAGGACAGCUAUUUGUGAAUUAGCUGAAAAGCUCGCUGCUAAAAAUGGCGAUCGUGAUGAAUCUCAAAAAAAUGAAUUUGCAAGUAGUAAAAGUUGGUUUCGAAGGUUUGUGGAACGUCAUCCGAAUUUAUCAGUUCUGAGACCAGCUGCGGUUCCGGCAGCUCCUGAGCCAGAAUUCAAAAUACCUGGCCCUCGUCCGAGUACGAGAAGCUCCUCAAGUACGUCUGAAUCGUAUUAUAAUAAUAUACCGAAAGUAGUUAAUCAGACAAACUUGGAAGCGAAAGAAGAAGCUAAUACACCAAAACCGUCCAAUCUCAAUGAAUCGAAAAGAUUCCGUCAGACAAACUUCGCUGCCAAUCAAAGAGCAAAAAAACAAGCUAACGCACUAAAACCAUCGAAUUUCGCAAAAUCGGGAAAAUCAGAACCUUUUGUAACAAAUCAUCCUGUGCGAGAAGCUACUGUACCAAAGAAAUCAUCGAAGUCUAGCGAACCCGCAGAUAUUUCUGAAAAAGUACGGUGUUCUAUGGUGUCUUACGAUCCGGAUGGUGGUAAAUGGGUUAGAUCAUUCACGUGUGAUUCUUGUGAAGUUCGUACGUGUGAAGAUUACUAUAAUCUAGAUGAGAUGAGUGACAAAUACCUGUGUAAGUCGUGCUCAGAUUAAAUUCAAUUUUGACUGGUUCAGUUUCAAGUGAUUCUCAUUAUUUUUUACCAAUUUUUAUUAUGUUUAAAAAUUGUCUUCGAUAUAAUAUUUUUUACUUUUAUACUUAUGUUUCGUUUCGGACAGAAAUAGAAUCUUAUUUCGAUACUUUG